GCUGGGCAUACCCGCAACUGCAGCACAUGUGACAGGAGGUCGCUGCUGGCAUACACACGAACAAUAGGAAAUGUCAGAAUGGUCCGUGCUCUCCGAGUGCUUUCCUCGUUUUGGCACACAGAAUAAUGGCCGCCGACAUUGUUGCAGUGCUCAGCGAGGAUGAGAGUCAGCAGAGAGGCAGCAAACCUUUGGAAAGUCAUCUCCAUGGUUGCACUUUUAAAAAGGUUGUGAGGUUACAAGCAGGAUGUCGUUCCCUCUUCCCAAACCUCAGGUUCCUCAGCUACCUCGGCAUCUCCUGCGGACCAUCGACUGUAAACAAGGACCCGUCAGAGCCGUGCGCUUCAAUGCUGACGGACAGUACAUGCUGUCCUGCGGCGCUGACAAAUCUCUCAAACUGUGGAGCGGUAGCCGAGGGACACUGCUGAAGACCUACAGCGGCCACGGCUACGAAGUCCUGGACGCCGACGGGUCCUUUGACAACAGCCAGAUUUGCUCCUGCAGCUCGGACAAGACGGUGAUUCUCUGGGACGUGGCCACCGGACAGCUGGCCAGGAAGAUCCGCGGUCACGCCGGGAAAAUCAACUGCGUGCAGUUCAACGAGGAGGCAACGGUCAUCCUGUCUGGUUCCAUAGACGGGACGGUGCGCUGCUGGGACACCAGGUCUCGCAGGAACGAGCCCCUCCAGGUUUUGGAUGAGGCCAAAGACAGCGUCAGCAGCCUGAAAGUGGUCAAACACGAGCUGCUCACUGGGUCGGUGGACGGGCGAGUGCGACGCUACGACCUCAGGAUGGGACAGCUGCACGUGGACUUCAUCAACAGUCCCAUCACGUGCGUGUGCUUCAGUCAGGACGGACAGUGCACGCUCAGCUCCAGUCUGGACUCCACAGUCAGGCUCCUGGACAAGAGCACGGGGGAAAUGCUGGGGGAGUACACGGGACACCAGAUGAAGGGGUACAAGCUGGAAUGUUGCCUGUCCUCCAAAGACACGCACGUCCUGAGCUGCUCCGAGGACGGACACGUGUACUGCUGGGACUUGGUGGAGGGGUCUUUGUCCCUGAAGCUGCCCGUGGGCAAGGCCGUGGUCCAGUCCUUGGCCUUCCACCCCAAGGAGACCCGCCUCCUAACCGCCACGGAGGGGCGUGUCCAAGUGUGGGCGGCCGAGCCCGAAGAGGCGGACGACGCUGACAUCAUGGCAACAUAAUCUAGGGUCUGGACGUGAACAUUUAUUUUGGUGAACCCCUUCUUGUUGGGUUUGUCACGUGACUACAACCUCCAGGGGCAAACAUUGUGAUCAUCGAACCCACGACCACACAACCUUUCUGAGAGUCAAGCACGCUAUGCUCCCAAGUCACCGACCUGCACGGCUCUUCAGGUGUCACAGCUAAGCGAGUUGGCACCUGUUGCAUCAACCCCCCCAAACUUCACUCUUAUUCCGGGUUUCGGCACCAAUGUAACUGUCAUCAUCCCACCGGACCCACGCCCACACAACCCAUCAAACUGAGGCUAGCAUGCAAGCCACUAUGCUAAAAGCCUAGUUCUUACAUUCACCCCCCUAAACCUCACUCUUAUUCCGGGUUUCGGCACCAUUGUAACUGUGAUCAUCCCACCGGACCCACGCCCACACAACCUAUCCAACUGAGGCUAGCAUGCUAGCCACUAUGCUAAAAGCCUAGUUCUUACAUUCACCCCCCUAAACCUCACUCUUAUUCCGGGUUUCGGCACCAUUGUAACUGUGAUCAUCCCACCGGACCCACGCCCACACAACCCAUCCAACUGAGGCUAGCAUGCUAGCCACUAUGCUAAAAGCCUAGUUCUUACAUUCACCCCCCUAAACCUCACUCUUAUUCCGGGUUUCGGCACCAUUGUAACUGUGAUCCUCCCACCGGACCCACGCCCACACAACCCAUCAAACUGAGGCUAGCAUGCUAGCCACUAUGCUAAAAGCCUAGUUCUUACAUUCACCCCCCUAAACCUCACUCUUAUUCCGGGUUUCGGCACCAUUGUAACUGUGAUCAUCCCACCGGACCCACGCCCACACAACCCAUCCAACUGAGGCUAGCAUGCUAGCCACUAUGCUAAAAGCCUGGUUCUUACAUUCACCCCCCUAAACCUCACUCUUAUUCCGGGUUUCGGCACCAUUGUAACUGUGAUCAUCCCACCGGACCCACGCCCACACAACCUAUCAAACUGAGGCUAGCAUGCUAAACACUAUGCUAAAAACCUAGGCUCUCGACGCAGCAACUAAGCUAACCGGCAUCCAUUAUUACAUUCACCCCCUUAAACCUCACUCUUAUUCCGGGUUCGGCACCAAUGUAACUGUGAUCAUCCCACCGGACCCACGCCCACACAACCCAUCAAACUGAGGCUAGCAUGCUAGCCUCUAUGCUAAAAGCCUAGUUCUUACAAAUUAACCCCCCUAAACCUCACUCUUAUUCCGGGUUUCGGCACCAAUUUAACUGUGAUCAUCCCACCGGACCCACGCCCACACAACCCAUCAAACUGAGGCUAGCAUGCUAGCCACUAUGCUAAAAGCCUAGUUCUUACAUUCACCCCCCUAAACCUCACUCUUAUUCCGGGUUUCGGCACCAUUGUAACUGUGAUCAUCCCACCGGACCCACGCCCACACAACCCAUCCAACUGAGGCUAGCAUGCUAGCCACUAUGCUAAAAGCCUAGUUCUUACAUUCACCCCCCUAAACCUCACUCUUAUUCCGGGUUUCGGCACCAUUGUAACUGUGAUCAUCCCACCGGACCCACGCCCACACAACCUAUCAAACUGAGGCUAGCAUGCUAGACACUAUGCUAAAAACCUAGGCUCUCGACGCAGCAACUAAGCUAGCCGGCAUCCAUUAUUACAUUCACCCCCUUAAACCUCACUCUUAUUCCGGGUUUCGGCACCAAUGUAACUAUGAUCAUCCCACCGGACCCACGCCCACACAACCCAUCAAACUGAGGCUAGCAUGCAAGCCACUAUGCUAAAAGCCUAGUUCUUACAUUCACCCCCCUAAACCUCACUCUUAUUCCGGGUUUCGGCACCAUUGUAACUGUGAUCAUCCCACCGGACCCACGCCCACACAACCUAUCCAACUGAGGCUAGCAUGCUAGCCACUAUGCUAAAAGCCUAGUUCUUACAUUCACCCCCCUAAACCUCACUCUUAUUCCGGGUUUCGGCACCAUUGUAACUGUGAUCAUCCCACCGGACCCACGCCCACACAACCCAUCCAACUGAGGCUAGCAUGCUAGCCACUAUGCUAAAAGCCUAGUUCUUACAUUCACCCCCCUAAACCUCACUCUUAUUCCGGGUUUCGGCACCAUUGUAACUGUGAUCCUCCCACCGGACCCACGCCCACACAACCCAUCAAACUGAGGCUAGCAUGCUAGCCACUAUGCUAAAAGCCUAGUUCUUACAUUCACCCCCCUAAACCUCACUCUUAUUCCGGGUUUCGGCACCAUUGUAACUGUGAUCAUCCCACCGGACCCACGCCCACACAACCCAUCCAACUGAGGCUAGCAUGCUAGCCACUAUGCUAAAAGCCUGGUUCUUACAUUCACCCCCCUAAACCUCACUCUUAUUCCGGGUUUCGGCACCAUUGUAACUGUGAUCAUCCCACCGGACCCACGCCCACACAACCUAUCAAACUGAGGCUAGCAUGCUAAACACUAUGCUAAAAACCUAGGCUCUCGACGCAGCAACUAAGCUAACCGGCAUCCAUUAUUACAUUCACCCCCUUAAACCUCACUCUUAUUCCGGGUUCGGCACCAAUGUAACUGUGAUCAUCCCACCGGACCCACGCCCACACAACCCAUCAAACUGAGGCUAGCAUGCUAGCCUCUAUGCUAAAAGCCUAGUUCUUACAAAUUAACCCCCCUAAACCUCACUCUUAUUCCGGGUUUCGGCACCAAUGUAACUGUGAUCAUCCCACCGGACCCACGCCCACACAACCCAUCAAACUGAGGCUAGCAUGCUAGCCACUAUGCUAAAAGCCUAGUUCUUACAUUCACCCCCCUAAACCUCACUGUUAUUCCGGGUUUCGGCACCAUUGUAACUGUGAUCAUCCCACCGGACCCACGCCCACACAACCCAUCCAACUGAGGCUAGCAUGCUAGCCACUAUGCUAAAAGCCUAGUUCUUACAUUCACCCCCCUAAACCUCACUCUUAUUCCGGGUUUCGGCACCAUUGUAACUGUGAUCAUCCCACCGGACCCACGCCCACACAACCUAUCAAACUGAGGCUAGCAUGCUAGACACUAUGCUAAAAACCUAGGCUCUCGACGCAGCAACUAAGCUAGCCGGCAUCCAUUAUUACAUUCACCCCCUUAAACCUCACUCUUAUUCCGGGUUUCGGCACCAAUGUAACUAUGAUCAUCCCACCGGACCCACGCCCACACAACCCAUCAAACUGAGGCUAGCAUGCUAGCCUCUAUGCUAAAAGCCUAGUUCUUACAAAUUAACCCCCCUAAACCUCACUCUUAUUCCAGGUUUCGGCACCAAUGUAACUGUGAUCAUCCCACCGGACCCACGCCCACACAACCCAUCAAACUGAGGCUAGCAUGCUAGCCACUAUGCUAAAAGCCUAGGCUCUCGACGUAAGCUAGCCAGCAUCCAUUAUUACAUCCACGCCCUAAACCUACCUCUUAUUCCGGGUUUCGGCACCAAUGUAACUGUGAUCAUCCCACCGGACCCACACAAGCCAUCGAACUGAGGCUAGCAUGCUAGACACUAUGCUAAAAGCUGAGGCUUUCGACGCAACAACUAAGCUAGCCGGCAUUACAUCCCCUAAACCUCACUCUUAUUCCGGGUUUCGGCACCACCUGGCCCAGCCCUGUGCAUGCCUGGUGUUCUGCUGUUAGGUAUUACAGGCCAUGGGGCCUUUUGCAGCCCAAAGCUGGAGUUGAGUUAGCCCGCAACGUACUGUCGGAAAACAACAGUAAAAAUGCAAGAAAAUAAAGACACAAUGUAACGAGAAAAAAAAUGAAAUUUUGAUCAAACCUAAUACAAUCCGUCACUUAUAACACAAAGCGCAGCAUUGAGUUUUUAUAUACGUCUGUGGAUUUUUAAAAUAAAAAAUAUCCAAAGGCCCCCUACAUACUUCUAUUAUAUUUUGUAUACAUUUUGAGCUUUUUCCUCACAUUGUUACUGGUUUGUUUUUUUCAGAUAUGUUGUGGGCCAACAAAACUCGAGCUGCGUGCCGCAAACGGCCCCCGGGGCCACACUUUGGACCCCCUUGUUUAAACACUCGCUCUUGAUGGCAUUUGCAUUUUAGCCUUCAUGUGACUUAGUUUUGAUCAACAUUGUGCCGCUGAAUUUGUUUUAUGGUGAGAUUUUUGGGGGCAUUUUUGUGUUUGGACAAUGGACAAUAGCAGUUUAAUCAGAAGUAAACAAUGGCUGUCUCUCAAAUGUUAUUUUUUUUUCUUCAAUUCUGUUAAAUUUAGACGUUUGUCACAAUUUUUUGUUGCUUUUUCUAAUAAAAAUGACGUCAUUGAAAGUGCAUCGACAUUAUUUCAUACGUAGGGUCAAUUGAGGGAGACAUAAUGGUAAAUAUAGGCUUUUAUUGUCAUAGCGCAUUUAUUUUUAGCACAUGAUUUCAUUAAUUGUAAGGGAAAAAAACUAACAUUUUAAUUAAUUAAUUAAAGCGUCCUCUACAGUGUGAGGGGUGCUGUGAGGGCCCGGGGCCACACUUUGGACCCCCUUGUUUAAACACUCGCUCUUGAUGGCAUUUGCAUUUUAGCCUUCAUGUGACUUAGUUUUGAUCAACAUUGUGCAGCUGAAUUUGUUUUAUUGUGAGAUUUUUGGGGGCAUUUUUGUGUUUGGACAAUGGACAAAUAGCAGUUUAAUCAGAAGUAAACAAUGGCUGUCUCUCAAAUGUUAUUUUUUUUCUUCAAUUCUGUUAAAUUUAGACGUUUGUCACAAUUUUUUGUUGCUUUUUCUAAUAAAAAUGACGUCAUUGAAAGUGCAUCGACAUUAUUUCGCAUGUAGGGUCAAUUGAGGGAGACAUAAUGGUAAAUAUAGGCUUUUAUUGUCAUUGCGCAUUUAUUUUUAGCACAUGAUUUCAUUAAUUGUAAGGGGAAAAAAACUAACAUUUUAAUUAAUUAAUUAAAGCGUCCUCUACAGUGUGAGGGGUGCUGAGAGGCCCCGGGGCCACACUUUGGACACCCUUGUUUAAACACUCGGUCUUGAUGGCAUUUGCAUUUUAGCCUUCACGUGACUUAGUUUUGAUCAACAUUGUGCAGCUGAAUUUGUUUUAUUGUGAGAUUUUUGGGGGCAUUUUUGUGUUUGGACAAUGGACAAAUAGCAGUUUAAUCAGAAGUAAACAAUGGCUGUCUCUCAAAUGUUAUUUUUUUCUUCAAUUCUGUUAAAUUUAGACGUUUGUCACAAUUUUUUGUUGCUUUUUCUAAUAAAAAUGAUGUCAUUGAAAGUGCAUCGACAUUAUUUCAUAAGUAGGGUCAAUUGAGGGAGACAUAAUGGUAAAUAUAGGCUUUUAUUGUCAUAGCGCAUUUAUUUUUAGCACAUGAUUUCAUUAAUUGUAAGGGAAAAAAACCUAACAUUUUAAUUAAUUAAUUAAAGCGUCAACUACAGUGUGAGGGGUGCUGAGAGGCCCCGGGGCCACACUUUGGACACCCUUGUUGGCAUUUGCAUUUUAGCCUUCAUGUGACUUAGUUUUGAUCAACAUUGU